AACUCAGCCUCCCACAGACCUGAUCCUCUCUAUCUCUCUCGCUAUAUAUAUCUCUAUAUCUAUAAAUAUCUAUACCAUAUCUCUCAAUUAUAUAUUAAUUGAGUGUUUAUAUAACCUACACAACACCUCCACCGCCAUUCCCUACGCAACUUCCCACCCCCUCCCCCGCUCUCUCUCCACUUAUAAACACCACCUCCCUCAUCCCUUCAUCUCCACCGCCUCAGUCUCUCACUCCUCACAAACACACACACACACAACAAACAAAUAACUCCUCUCUCUCUCUCUCUCUCUCUCUGAGAUAUGGCUCUUGAAGCUCUCAACUCUCCAACCACAGCUGCUCCUCCGCCGCCCUACUUCGACGACAUGGACCUCCACUGUCUCGAGCCAUGGACUAAGAGAAAGCGCUCCAAGCGUUCCCGCAGCGAAAACCCACCGACCGAAGAAGAGUAUUUAGCCCUCUGCCUUAUCAUGCUCGCUCGCGGCGGCUCCACCGCUUCCUCCUCCUCCUCCGCCGCAGCCACCGCCACAACUGACCGACAUACUUUAUCUCCUCCGCCACCGGCCUCCUACAAGUGCAGUGUCUGCGACAAAGCCUUCUCCUCCUAUCAGGCGCUCGGCGGCCACAAAGCCAGCCACCGGAAACUCGCAGCCUCCGCCGCCGCCGCAGCCACUACCUCCGACGACCACCCUUCGACUUCCGCCGCCUCCGCCACCACUCUUAACCCAAGUGGUCGGACCCAUGAGUGCUCCAUCUGCCACAAGUCCUUCCCCACCGGCCAAGCCCUCGGCGGCCACAAGCGCCGCCACUACGACGGCGGCAACAACAACAGCACCACCAAUGCCAACGGCGGCGCCGGUAGCGGCGUCACCUCAUCGGAAGGUGCUGGUUCGAGUCACGUCCACCGUGAAUUCGACCUCAACCUGCCCGCCUUGCCGGAAUUCUUCCCGGGGCUGAGAGUUGACUGUGUGAGAAAAAGUCAACUUUCCGGCGAGCAGGAGGUGGAAAGUCCUCUACCCAUGAAGAAACCUCGCUUAUCAUUAAUGUCCGAUUUGGAUUAAUUAAUUUAGAUUAUUAGUUGGAUUUCAAAUAUUUUUUUUUUUUCCUUCAUAAUUUUGAUGGGUCUGUGUUGAUAUAUUUGGCUUUGUAAAGAGAAUCAUUCACUUUGUGAACUCCUCUCUUAUUAUGUCUUAAUUCAUUUAUUCAUUCAUUUGGAAAUGAAAUUAUUAAUUACAACUAUAUUAAAUCAUGGGCAAUCAGUCAAUUAGAUGA